AUGAGGCACGGCGACAGAAUGGACAACUUCGAGCCUCUGUGGAUUUCGACAGCGAAGCGGCCGUGGGAUCCGCCGCUUGUGGAAGCUGGGAAAAUUCGGGCAUAUUGCACAGGUCAAAGUCUCCGGAACAAGCUCGGAUUCCCGAUCCACCGGAUCUUCGUCUCCCCAUUCCUCCGGUGUCUUCAAACCGCCGCCGAAAUUGUUAUCGCUUUAAGUGCCGUCGAGGGUCAACACGAUGAUCCCAACAAUUCGAGUUCCAACAGCGUCGUUAUCGAUCCAUCCAAAAUUAAGGUUGCGAUUGAAUAUGGAUUGUGCGAGAUGAUGAACUUGCGUGCCAUUAGACCGAAUGUGGCUCCAAAAGACGGGGUUUUCAAUUUCAAUCUUUCACAAUGUGAAGCUGUUUUACCCCCCGGAACCAUUGACCACGCUGCAGAACAAUUGCACAAGCAGCUGCCGGAAUGGCAAGAAACAAUUGAAGGUGCUAGGGCUCGAUAUCGCGAGGUUAUCAAGGCUCUUGCUGAUAAAUAUCCUUCGGAGAACUUGUUGCUCGUGACUCAUGGGGAAGGAGUAGAGUCUGCUGUUUGUGGAUUCAUGCAGGAGGUCAAGAAGGUACGUGGACUCGAGUAUUGUGCUUACUCGCACUCGGGGAGACCUAUCGUUUUUGGUGAAAAUCAGUCAUUUACAGCUGGAGAUUUACUUGGUUUACACGAAGGUCAAGUAGGUAUUACUUACGUCACUGGUGACUCAGAGGUAGCAUCGGAUGAUUCUUCAAAGAAAACAAACAUCAACUAG